UGAAGUUUUCCUCCAGAGUCUUCAUGUCCUCAGCCAUGCUGUGUGCCAAAACAAAUCGACUGCUCUCUUAGCAUCAUUCAUAAUUUCAGUGAAUGCAGCGCGGCCUGUGAGCCGACUGGUUUCUUUCUGCCAGUGGGACGGGUGUCUAAUGGGUCAAUAAUAAGCCGUGACUAACCGUCUCCCUGAGGAGCAGCUUGGCCAGACACACACUCACAGAAAGCAGCAGAAAGCUGACACAAGGAGUAUUUCAGACAUUUUCCAAGUCCGGGACCAUGAUGAUCCCAAGCGUCAUCGCGCCUCCUGCCUUCUACCCGGGUCUCUACCGGCCCGCCGCGACUCUGCCGCUCCACCAGACCCUGCCGACCGCCUUCCCGACCCACUCCAGCUUUCUAGUGGAGGACCUGCUGCGGAUAAGCCGACCCGCCGCCUUCAUAAACCGGACUGCCCCGUCUGUGAGCGGCUCCCUGCCCACAGACACCACCACCGUGUCUUUCAGCGCCGGGCCCUUGGAGCGCGCAGUGGCUACGACCGCGGUGACGCGCGAAACGUGUUCGCCGAAAACGUCGGUGCCCAGCAGUAAGGACCCAACUUUUCUCAAGUUUGGAGUGAGCGCCAUCCUCGCACCUUCACCAAAGACCACGUCCUCACACCCUACAGUCCACAGCCUGCACUCCAAGACCUUCCCCAUCCCCUGCUUUGACGGAACCUUUCACCCCAUAUUCAGGACGCCUUAUUUACCAGCAUCGUCAUCCGUUGUUCCCAUCCCCGGGACUUUUUCGUGGCCCCUGGCUGCAAGAGGGAAACCCCGGAGAGGGAUGCUAAGGAGGGCGGUGUUCUCCGAUGUGCAGCGCAAGGCCUUGGAGAAAAUGUUCCAGAAACAGAAAUACAUCAGCAAGCCCGACAGGAAGAAACUGGCUUCUAAACUGGGGCUAAAGGACUCACAGGUGAAAAUCUGGUUCCAGAACCGAAGGAUGAAAUGGAGGAACUCCAAGGAACGGGAGCUGCUGUCGUCCGGUGGCUGCCGCGAACAGACGCUGCCCACCAAAGCCAACCCGCACCCGGACCUCAGCGACGUGGGCAAGAAGUCCUCAGCCGAGGAUGACGAGGAGGAGGAAGAGGAAGCGUUCGGCAGAGAGAGAAUGAGGGCGGCAGGCUCCAGCAUCUCCUCUCCCUCUCUCUCCAGUAAGCACUCAGACUUUUCAGAGUCAGACGAAGAAGAAAUAACAGUAUCUUAAUUUAUUUUUUCCUUUUUUUUUUUUU